AAGCGUGCAAGCGGCACGCUGUGGAACCUGUUCGGCGCAGCCUUCGCCUCGCGGAACCCACGGUACCAUCAGUCAGUAUCCGAAGAACUACUUUCCAAGCCCAACUGUAUACCAAGAAGCAUCGCCGCGUCGUCGCUUUUCUUGUGCAGUACCCUGUCCCGUCCAUCCGUUUCGUUUCGGGCGACUUCCGGUCAUACACGGUACGACAUCUAGCAUGACUACCUGAUCUCAAAGACGUUCUAGUUCAAAGUACCCGGAAAAAUGCCGUGCUCUGCAGUGACUCUCAGUCUGGCUACCAUUACGGCCAUUAUAGCUACUGCACUUCUAGCCAUAGCUUUUGCCACGGAUAACUGGCUUUACAUCGAAGUGAAGAGGACUAGCAUACAGAAUUACCUGAGCAGGCAUCCAGAUGCGCAAAGCCAAAGUUUGCUAGAUAGCGUAAACUCAAAGUACUACUACUAUACGAGAACGAAAGGACUAUUUAGGAUAUGUUACCCUAAGGAGAGGCCUCCGACUGUGAAAACGUACCUGAGUCCACUAGAGACGCACUGCAACAACAUCAACUACUAUAUUCCUGAUGAGAACAAUGACACCAAAGAGUUUACAGAUGAUGCAUGGACAAGGCUACAUAUGGGCCGCUCAAUGAUUGCGCUGUUCAUCAUAUCCUUCAUAUCUAUUUUUGCUGCCUUCUGCACUGGGGUUACUGGAUGCUGGAGGAGAUCGCCUGGAAACAUCACAGCGACAGCACUUCUAAUGUUGCUAGCAUGUUUAUUAGCAGCGGGUGCUAUGGGGCUAUGGCAUGGUGUGGAAUACUACGAAAAAGAAAAACAAGUUGGAGAAGAAUAUUAUCAACAAUGGAAUACUGUAAGUACAUAUGAACCACUCAAAACAUACGCCCACUGUAGUGUACACCUAGGCGUAGGUAUAGCUCAGGACCAAUGUUAUGUUGGGUGUUAGCCCAAAGUUUUAGCUUCAGAUUCUGAUUUAUUACCAAUGAAAAAAGUUGUCUCUUAAUGUAGAAGAUAUCAGAACAUCAAAGUUUUAUAAAGUGCCACAGAGUCACCGAGGUCAUUGUUUUGAUGCAGUGGCGCUGCAUGCAUUCAACUUUUUCAAACCUGCCAAUAAUUAAAUAUACUCAAACGGCCUCACUUUACGAAUAUGCGUCGUGUUUUCUGUUAACUUCGAUUAACUUAAGCAUAUAAUUUGUUUUGCUUUUAAGGAAACUAGUCAUAAAGGAAAUUGUAGAAUUAGUCGGCAUCUUUGCAAAAAAAUAUUGCUAGUACAACCUGGAAGGCUCUUAAUAUGUUUCGACCAAUUCUCUGUAAAUUCAGAAUGCAAGAAGUAGCCCAAAAGAAUUGGCGAAGAAUUCGAAGACCGUGUUACAAUUAAAUCGAUACUACUCGUAUAUGCGUGAAACUUGUAAGACGCCGAGAUAUAUUUGCAUUCCACCAAAAAAAAAAAUCUUUUGGAUUACUUCUGACAUACCAGGUGAAUUGAGUAAGAAUUAUUUGGAUUACAAGUAUUUAUUUUAUUAACCAUGAUCACCAGAUUCUUCAGGAAAACGCUGAAAUCAGCUAUGAUUGGAGUUUUGUCCUGGGCUGGUUAGGUGUUUUUACAUCACUAGCCGCAUCGCUACUAUUUUUCUUUGGAGCUUGCUGUUUGGACAACGAAAGAGAGAAAGAAACUUUGGACAAUGUCCAAUAUAUUAUGCCAGGUUAGAGUGAUAACAUUACGAACGUGGGGACGAAGAAGAAUAUUGGUCAUUCAAUCUAUAACAAUAAAAUUUUACCGUUAUUUGUUGUCGCCAUAGAGCGAUAGAGAUCCUAGUGCAUCCGUAGUACAUGAUAGUACAGAUAAACAUAGAACACUUCACUUUCCUUCCUUUAUCUCAAGGCACUUAUCGUACUGAUUAGUUUCAAUAAGAACGUAUAUGACUGAUCGCCAGGUUGGAUCGAGACUGGGUCAAAUUUAAGAGGUGAGAAAGGAAUCGUAUAGAUCUGCUUGACUGACUUGUUUCUCAGAGCUCAGCUUGUGCUAAACAUGUGCCUUUAUGCACUGAUAAGGAUGUUUGGGAUCUGCAAAGUCAACCUACUUGACACCAUUUAUGUAUGACCGUUUUCAAAAUGAAAGUUUUAUACAAAAAUCAUACAAUCUAAUAUAAAGUUUUCCAUGCGAUAUACUCGUAUUUUUGUCUUAAAUAGUGCUAUCAAAUAAUGUAUAUUAUGGAGCACCCUAUAUGUUUUUAGUGAAAAUGACUAUCACCCUUUUCCUGAUUUCGUAAUAUUCCUUUUUAGUCGUUUAGUCAGAAAAUUUAAUCUUGUGGACCACAUGGAUAAAUGAUAUACAGAAUUCAAGUUUUUCAGUAAAAUAUUAAAAACAAGUACCUAUUUUAUAAGAAGCCAUAAUAUAUUUGGAAUCAGAAAUAAAUUACUAUAAUUUUCAUAUAUUAAAUUAAUUUAUUAUAAAUUUAUUUGAUUUUACUUUUCUGUGUCCAAAAAUGGAAAACUUUAUAUUAUACUCUACAUUUUGUAUAAAUCUCUCCUUCCUCAACGGUCACACCAAAAAUGUUGAGGGAGAUUGAUUUCGCUGACAUUCUGUUUAAUCUUUAGAAGAUCUAGCGGGAUUUAUGGCCAUCGAGAAAUGUCUGGCAAUGCUGGAUAUGAUUUAUGUUACAGUCAAAACUCAUAACAGGUCUAAACCACUUUUGACUGCAAAAAUCAGUUGAAAAUUAUUUUGACAGGUGCCUGUGCAAGAAAAAAGUUUGUUGUGUAAUUUUAAGUGUCAUUACAGUUAAAAUAUCACACAAACAAAUAUAACCAGCAGCUAACGACAACCAAAAAGUUUAACAAGUAGUUUUUUAGUUUAGUUAUUUAUCACAAAGAGUAUCAUAGUAGAUAAAUAAAAUGUUAUUUUAUUUGUUAAAAAUGAUUUCGGGAACACCUAUGAUUUUAUUCAGUAUUGCCAGUCAUGAAUAGUUUUCACUUACAAUCUCGAUUAAAACCACUUUUGACCGAUACAAUUCAGUUAAAAUCACUAGUGCCCAAUAUUUCCGAAGUUAAGACCAACUGUCUUAGUCAAAACUUCUUUUAACUUAUUCUUGUAGUCAAAAAUGGUUUUGACCGGUUAUGAGUUUUGACUGCAGCGCAAUCAGAAUUUAAGUCAAGUUACUCUUAUUUUUAAUAACCUUUCUCACCCGAUAGAUACAGCCCUCUAUUCAGCUAGGCAGAUACGAAACUGUUCAAAGUUCUUACAAACUGUUUGCCUUUCAGAAAGUAAGUUAGAUCCAGCAGUGUUGGGAUCUUACUCUAUUAUGCUUUGUGGAUUUAUAAAAGCGAUAGGCUACUGAAGGACUAAUGGAGACCAUAAUAAACAUGAGAGGAAGAAGAAACAUUCAGAAAAAAUUAAUACAAUUGAAUCCAAACAUUUUUCUUCGUCGCUAUGUUUAAACCAGCGCCAUAUUGUUGUAGGUGCUGCGUGACAACGCACGUGUCAACUACGACUGGAGCUACAUGGUGUCAUGGGUGGGAGUGGGGUGUUCCUUGGUGGCUGCUCUUUUGUUCAGCGGUGCCGCGGUCUGUCUCAGGGCGGAACGGGAGGCUGAAGAGGCAGUCAACAUGCAGUACCUAAUGCCUGGUAACCCUUUUCUCUCUCUGGUGGUGGUUACACACUUUUUUAGCUCUAUCCACAAUACCCACUCCUUAUGGUUGCAUCUAGUUUUUCUCACAACUUUCGACUUCGUCAUGAAGGUUCUUUCCACCAAUAAAUUUCUUACAGUCCCAAACGGACAUUAACAACGGAUCAGAUUUCCAGCUCGUAAUUAGGUGACAUCAUAACAUUAGAGAGUUUUUACAAUCACAAAUGCCUCUUACGUUAACGGUAACCUAUGUAUGUAUAAUCCAUUGACCAUUUACGACAUAAGUGUCAACGUUGACGUUUACAUAACCGCUGUUUAUGAUCGCCAAAACUGUCUAUUAAUCAGUCGCGUUGACUUUAUUUGACAACCUCUGAUACCUAGAAACUGCUUGUUCGAAGUAAGUGAAAGACUCCCAGACAGGUAUCCCAUGUUCAGCGUAGGCACUAUUGUCAAAGUCAUACGAGCAUCCACCAUUUGGAUAAUGCAGAGAGAUAGACCUUAGAUAGAUAAUUUUGGAGCUUAUGCGCGAUCAAAAUAGCAACGAGAGAGUAAAAAUGAUGAUUUCUUAUUAAUACUGUUCGAAUGUAUCGCCAUACGAAUCUAAAACCCUAAGUUUGUUGAGAUUUUUCUCAAUUUGUAACAUUCGGGUUCGUCCAGGUUCUCCACAUUCCUACCGGCAGCUUGUGUCUCUAGCUGUUUGUACGAUAUGAAAAACAUUAAGUACGUAGUUCUAGAAAAAUUUGCUAAUUUUUACGAAAACUAUACGCCACGCAAACGAAAGUUAAGAACUCUCUGUAUAAUACUAAUAUCUGGAAUAAAUCCACAUCUACUUAUGAUCGAAUGUACUUACUUAUAAAAAAGUUUCGCAAUUAUGUCAUUAGCAUAGAGCAGCUUCAUAAAAUACUACUCGUCGUUGCUUGUCAAGGCUAAGGAAAAUAAGAUAUAUCCACGUUUAACAUGUCAACAUAUUUUUUUAACUCUUCCUUCCAUAAGUACUUUCAUUUCAUAAGUUAUUUAUUUUUAUCAGUAUCAAAACAGAGGAAUGAUUUAAACAUCGGUUGACAACUAUGUAUCCGUUUAGGAUCGUGUGAAUUUGAGAGUUAGAUGCAACAUAAAAACACACAAGGAUUGAAGGAGCCUUUUGGAAUAGAUACCAUUUUGAGGACAAAUUCAGUCCUUUUCACAAUUGAGUGAUACAAACCAUGCAAUCAUAUAUUUUUUAUUAUGUAUUAUGUAUUUCUGUGACAAAAUAAUCACUCACGUUUGGCCGUUCAGUUAAAGCAAAAGUAUAUGAGAAAAAGUUACUAAUGUGCGGAGACACACUGCGAGGUGAUGUCUAAUUAACGUUUAGUAUGUAUAUUUUUCUGUUAUUGAUAUGUAAUAUUUAAUUAAUGGAGCAAGGUAAACAAAAUAGACUCUACAGUUUCUUAAGUUAUAAAACAAAAGGCUCCUUCCACAUGUCAUGAUAAUCACAUUAUUAAAAAUAUUAACACUUCUUCUAGAUAUACAUUUCUAUACUUGGCAUCGUAUCCUGGCUUCGCUUUUUGAGCUUAUGUUAAAGAUAUAUUGUGUCAUAUUUUUGUAACGUCGGUGUGUAUAUAGUUACUUCUCAAAUUAACCACUUAACAGUAGUUACAUCUUUCUAUAAUUAUUUAUAUCGUUUAACAAUGUGAAAUUAUUUUGAUGAAUUACUCUGUAUAGUAAAUACAUAUUUGGUAAAUACCAGAACUCAAUUGUGCGUAUUAGCUCAAAAUCAAGAUAAAUCAGAUACAAUAUUAAAAACACUCUCCACCAAGUAGCUCCAGUUGAAAAUAAAAACAAUUAUUCUGAGCGAAAAGCUUCAACGGGCAAUUAAAAAAAUGUCUGUAAAAAAGUUUGUGUUUUCGUCCAUACUCAUUACACCAUACUCACCAAAACUGAAGGAACUCGCUUCAUUUACAACCGACUAGUUUUAUGUUUUUUUAUUUUAAAAUAAUAACUGGGACCCUCUUUUAUCCUGAGAUGAAGUAAAAAUAUUCUUGAGGUUACUAAAACCUUUAGCGAGAGUCACUCUUAAUGUAUAUACUGUGUAACCAUUUUUUUCAAUGACAAUGAUUUAGGGAAAUGUUGCAAAAUGAAUACUUGACGUAGGCAUUAUUAGUAGGUAUAUUUAUUACCUCUAAAAUUAUUUAUAUAGUACUCUGCAUUAUUCUGCAAAGUAUCCCUCAAUCCAAAACACACCUAAGCACUCUGACGAUCCAAAAAGUCUUAAUAUCUAAUCGAUUGUCUAUUUACAGUAUACCCACAGAAACAACAGUAUGCAUAUGCAGGCUAUCCAGUUCCACAACCCCAACCUUACAGUGGACCUUACUACACCACAGGAUCAGCGUAUGGACCUUACAACUACUAAGACUGCUCUGCAAUCGCAUGAAGUAUUUAUAUCUAGAGAGCUCCUAUACACUAACUUGCAGUUGAUAAGAGCCGAUUGCAAGAAAAAACUUUAACGUUGAAAAUGCCAAUUAAGCAAAGUAUAUCGAAAGCUAUCCGAUAUUGUACAAUAGAAGACUAGUUUUUGGCUCAUUCAAAAUGUUCAAAAAUCGAUCACUGGGAGCUGCUACAUUAUGCAUAUUUUCUGAUAGUCCGUAUAUCGGUGUGGUUAUGCGGUAUCACCAUUAUAUGGUAAUAUUUUUAUAUGAAAAUCAAAUCAACAUAAAAAAUGUUCUUAUGGAAAUGAUAUUGUAAUAAACUACUGCCAUUUAAGAUUUAGUCAAUAUACAGUUAGUUAUUUUCGAUUCUUAAGCAUUCUCAUCUAUGAGAUGAGAUGCGCUGACCAAAAAUAAAUAUUUCUUAUAACAGCAUCACAAUUAUAACUAUUUUUAAAAAUAUAUAUUUACUGAGCUGUGCCAUCCGUCUCAGACACAGGUAACGAUAAAUUGUCGUUAUAUCCAUCAUAUUUUUAUAAAAAUACCCAUUUCAUUUAGUCAUCUUUUUCUUUAGCAAAUCAUAAACUUUGUUGUAUUUUAUUGAAAAACCUGAAAAGAGAUGUCACAAACAGGUAGAUUUGAGUUGAAAAUGGAGCUCAAGAUUUCUCGAUACGACGCAGUAGAUUCUAAUAGAAAUAUGGUUUACAUCUGGCACUGUGCACAUGAAUUUAAUACGAGUAUGCAGUUUUUAAGCCUUGUCAUUUUUCAAUAAAGCGAAAGUAGACUCACUACAAACAAAAAGUAUGUCAGUCUAAGAAUUAAAGGGAAGCUAACUACUUUUACCAGUUAGUCCGUCGUAUUUUCUAACCAACGCGUCUUAUGCAUCCACCAACCAGCAAAAUUUCCUAUAAAUGUCUGACAUUUAGUUGGACUAUCUAUAGUAAACAGCAUAGUUAAAAAAACAUGACUCCAGUUGUCAGAUGAACUCUUGCACCUGCAGAUGUUCGUUAUAAGUUACAGGUAUAAUGAUUAAUAAUAAGCACGAAUGACGAACAACAAAGUAUGAAAUAAUGUACCUGUGUUGUAGAUAGAUGAAAAACAAUCUGCUUCUGGACAUUUUUCUUUAAUAGACACACACCUAGAAUAGGGAGAAAUCUCAGAUAUGUAUUAUUUAAGCAUAAGAAUCUGGAAGACCCGUCUCGGCGUUUUAUAUUCUCAUAUGCCCAGUUAACUUUGGCGUAGUCAUAUUUUGCGAUAACACUUUGCUGUAGGCGUUCACAUAUUAUUUACGCAAAUCUAAAAUAACCGUACGCCCAAGAUACAAUCAUCAAAAGCCUUUCUAGAAAAUAUAGGCUUAUCAGAUGUAGUAAGUGUCCAUGCCAGGAUUAACUGGAGCUUUAUUUCUAUGUGUGUAUGUGCGCUUGUUUUGUCGUCUCCCUGCAAUAAGAACUAUAUUUUCAGUCAUGAAAUUAUUGUAGUAUUUCUAGUUAUAGACGAGGUGUCUCGGCAAAAACCAAUAAAGGAAUUAAAGAAUAUCACGUCGAAUCCUUAUUGACACAUCUCAAAAAUGCCAUCGCAUAAUUAUAUCAAAUUGAUUAAGGGGAUUUCUUAUAAAAUUUUCCAGCUUUUACUAUCCAUUACGGUUCCGUCCCUGAUAUUCUGCAAGUUUGCUCAUAUAGUAUGGGGAGAUGAUAAAAUAGGUCUUAAAUGUAUGUUGUACAUAAUAGAUAGGAUAAUAUAUUGAUUUAGAUACUAUUACGAAUAUUGUAUGUGCAUAAACCUAUGACUGUGUAUUUUUAUAUUGAUGUCUUUUAAGGUGUACCUAGAUCACAACAAAUAAAAUUUAUUUAUAUUGUAAACUUAUUUUUGUAUGUGUAUUUUUUAUACUUAAAACUAUUUUAAUAAUUAUUACGAUUUUCUAUCGAUUAGCGCAAUUAGAUUAAUUUUAG